CUCUUAUCUAUAUCCAAAUUCUUACACCAAACACGCACCCUCCACUUUCUGCUUGUUCUCAGCACUUUGUUCGGUCUUGUUUUGUUUUUGUUUCACAAAUUCUAAAGCUUUUACUGAAAAAUCUGCAAUCUCUUCUUGCUUUGCUUCUGAUUUGGGGUUUCCCUUUCCUUCCCUUCUGCAAUUGGAAUCAAUGGCUAUCAUAGAAGUCUUUCUCGGUGCGUUCCUCACACUGCUCUUGGAUAAGAUGGCCUCUGGUGAGUGGUUGGAAUUUCUCCGCCACGAGGGCAUUCAUACCCAGCUCAGCAAUUGGACCAACACUCUCUCCCAAAUUCAAGUACUUCUCACUGACGCAGAGGAUAAGCAAUUGACCAAUCGAGCCGUCAACCUGUGGCUGGACGAUCUCCAGGACUUGGCAUAUGAUUUGGAUGAUUUAGUGGACGACUUCUUCACGGAAGCUUUGCGACGCAAGCUGAUGUCAGAGCAGCCCCAGGCUAGUUCCAGCAAGGUAUGGACCUUCAUCCCCACUUGUUGUUCCAAUUUAAGGCCAAGUUCUGUCAUGUUUAAUUUCGAAAUGAGGUCCAAGAUUGAGGAGAUCAAUACCAGAUUACGCAAUAGUUUUGAACAAGGUUCGAAACUCUAUUUGGUUAAGAUUAUUGGAACCACACCUACACCUACGACUAAGACUUGGCAAAGACCAGAGUCUACAUCUUUAAUUGAUGAACCUCACAUUUAUGGCCGAGAACAUGAUCAGAGUAAGAUAAUUGAGCUGCUCGUAAGGGGGGAUGAAUCAAGUCAUAGCAAUGUUGCUGUAAUUCCCAUUGUGGGUAUGGGUGGGAUUGGCAAGACCACCCUCGCGCAAAUGGUAUACAACCAUGAAACCGUGCAGAAGCAUUUCGAUUUGAAAGCAUGGGCUUGUGUGUCAAAUGAGUUUGACAUUCUGAGAAUAACAAAAGCUAUUUAUGAUUCAGUGACUUCCCAAACAUGUAGUUUUAAUAACUUGGAUCAUGCUCAAGUUCAACUAAAGCAGGCUUUGGCUGGAAAGAAGUUUUUAAUUGUUUUAGACGAUGUCUGGAACAAUAAAUACAGUGACUGGAAUGUUUUGAAGAAACCUUUCAGUGAUGGAGCCCAAGACAGUAAAAUUGUGGUGACAACACGUAACAGAGACGUUGCAAGAAUGAUAGGAGCAGUUAAACUUCAUGACAUUGAGGUCCUAUCAGCUGAAGAUUGUUGGUCAUUGUUUGCACAACAUGCCUUUGAGAAUAGAAGUAUUGAUGCAAAUCCAAAUUUGGUAUCAGUUGGUAGAAAAAUUGCAGAGAAAUGUAAAGGUUUACCCCUGGCUGCUAAGGCACUCGGUGGCCUUUUACUAUGCAAAGAACGAGAUGAGGAAUGAGAAGAUGUAUUGCAUAGUAAAAUAUGGGAUUUACCACAAGAAAGUGACAUCCUUCCAGCUUUGAGGUUAAGUUACCAUCAUCUGCCUUCACAUUCGAAGCAAUGCUUUGCAUACUGCUCCAUAAUACCCAACGACUAUGAAUUUGAGGAAAAGGAGUUGGUCUUCUUGUGGAUGGCAGAGGGUUUCAUUCAAAAACAAAGAAAGAAGCAAAUGGAAGAUGUAGGAGGUGAGUACUUCCGGGAAUUGUUGUCAAGAUCUUUUUUCAAACCAUCAUAUACCAGUAAAAGGUCUAAAUUUGUGAUGCAUGACCUCAUCAAUGAUUUGGCUCAGGUAGUUGCAAGAGACACGUGUUUUAGAUUGGAUGAUAAAUUAAAAGAUCAGGAGCAAUACAUAAAUCUAAAGAAAGUUCGACAUUCAUCUUACAUGCAAGAGUACUAUGAGGGUAUGAAAAAUUUGAGAUCUUUGACAGAGCCAUGCAUUUACGGACCUUCUUACCAUUUCACUUACAAAAUAUUUCAGAUUACAAUUUGGCAAGCAAUGUUCCCCUUAAUUUAUUGCCGGAGCUAAGAUGCUUGAGGGUGCUCAAUAUGAGUAGAUAUCACAUCACAGAAGUCCCAAAUUCUGUUGGAGAUUUGAAACAUUUGCGGUACCUUAACUUUUCCGGCACCCUUAUUGAAGAAUUACCUGAAUCACUAGGCUCUCUCUACAAUUUACAAACAUUGAUGUUAAGAAAAUGUCGAAAUCUAAAAAAGUUGCCGACAGACUUGGGAAACCUAAUUGACCUACGUCAUCUCGAUACUACAGAUGCACGUGCCUUGGAAGAAAUGCCACUGGGAAUAGGUAAGUUGGCUAGUCUUCAAACACUGUCCAAUUUUGUUGUUACUAAGAACAAUGGGCUUCGAAUAAGGGAGUUGGGGAACUUAAUUUAUCUUCGGGGGAAGCUUUGCCUUUCUGGGUUACAGAACAUGGUGGUUCCAUGAGAUGCAAGGGAGGCGAAUUUAAAUGAUAAGCAGGGCUUAGAUGUGUUAUCAAUGGAAUGGAGUGUGCACUCAGAUGAUUCACGAGAUGCAAGAGUUGAAACAGAGGUGCUUGACAUGCUACAACCUCACAAGAAUUUAAAAGAGCUUCAUAUCAAAGGCUACCUUGGUACAAUAUUUCCGACUUGGAU